AUGAUCGAUGACGAUGAGGACGAGGAGGAGCCGGACCCUGCACGCCCCAGAGUGGAUGCCUUCUCCUCCAUGCCGUUGGCCGGCGUGCUUUCUACGGGGUACCGAAAGCUGGGAAUGCUGGUGGAGCAUCUGGAGACGAGAACCUGGGAGAUGCAGGUCAUGGGCGGUGGGCACAGGGUCACGGCAGACUGGGUGCUGAGAGAGAUCGACAAGUUCGCCCAGGGUCUCGGGAAAUGGCUCAAGGUGGCCGGCGAUGACAAAGCCGAGAUACUUCAACACAGCAUCGGGAGCCGGCCGCUGACGGAGCACAAGACAAUGGUGGAGUUCGGCAGCUUCGUGGGCUAUACCGCCACGCGCAUGGGCCGUGCCGUCGAGCGGACCUAUGAAGCGGGGUAUGCGGAUGGCUCCAUCCUGUUUGAGGACUCGCGCCUGCAGGGCGCGAACAGGAUCACGUCCAUGGAGAUUGAUCCGGUACAUGCGUGCAUCGCGCGGCAUGUGCUCGACAUGAGCCGCCUCUCGCACAUCGUCGAGGUAUGGAUUGGCCAAGUUAAAGAUCUGAUCCCUCGCUUGACAGAGGAGCACGGGGACAUGAGCUUGAACAUGGUCUUCAUGGACCAGAGGGGCACCACCUUCCACGACGACCUUUCGCAACUGGAGGAGCUCAACCUCAUGUUCCCCAACUGCCGUAUCGUGGCAGACAACUGCGUGAAGCCAGGGUCGCCCGUGUACUGCUGGCACACCACAGUCAGCGAGCGAUACAAGACCACGAACUACAGCCUCAACGAGUUCCUGGAGUCCACGAUUGAGGAUUGGCAGGUGGUCUGCGACUACCUCGGGCCCCUCGCGGGCCGCCAGCAGGCCGAGCGCGAAGCCCUCGCGCGCCAAG